UUAGUUUAGUUUUCUGUCUCAGAGACUCGGCAACUUGUGUUCCUUAGUUAUAUUUAUCUUCUGCUAAACUGAUAAAACCCUAGACAACUUUAAUUUGCUUCCAGACAUUAAUUUUCUCUAGCGUUCUUUAUAAUAUCUUUAACAACUCUCGAAUUGUAACUUCGAACCUUCAGUCAUGGGAAAGUCAAGACAAGAUGCUGCGUCUAAAGCGGACCGUAAAUUCGAGAAGAAGGUUCAGUUCUAUAGCAAGGUCAGAGAUGCAGUUGCUGUUUUGACUGCUCAAAAAUCUAUUACUAAGAAGAAAAAGCUUCGGAGCCGACAAAAGAAAUUGAAAGCAUAUGACCUCUCUACCCUCACAGAAUUCCUCCCUGAGUUGAAGUCUCCUCAGCAAUCAAAACCCACUGCCGAGUUUAAAUUGAAUUCUAAAUCAAGGCAAAAACUAAUAUUGAAGGAAGGGAAACAAUUAAGUAUGGUUCUUAACCAUCCGGCUUUCCAGGCAGACCCCCUCGGAUCCAUUCAUCAACACUUACUGAGCACACAACCUGUUGCGGAGGAGAAGCCAAAGAAAAAGAUGAACAAAAAUGGAGGGAAGAAAGUAAAGGGGAAAAAGUCGAAAUCCUUAACUACACCUCAGUCUAUGGAUUUCUGAUUUUCUAUUUUGAUGAGUCGUCAUGUCCAUAUCAUAUCCUGAAAAUUCCUUCUCUCAAAAUUUUUGGUUAUCGCUGCCCUUGCAUGUUUAACUGUGUUGAAACUUGUAAUCAAGUGGUCAGUCCUAUAGGAUGCUCCCUCUCUGGAUUGAACCUCCAUUUCUGAACUCAUUUAACUUAACAAUUUGUAAUUUGUGGAUGCAUUUCCUUUUGUUGUA